GGAAAAGGUGUUCGAGCUGUCAGGAUCUGUCCAUAUGGCUCAGACAGAGAGGAGAGAUGCUCCUGAACUGCCCGACUUCUCAUUGCUCAAAAGACUGGCAAGAGACCAGCUCAUCUUUCUGCUGGAGCAGUUGCCAGGGAAGAAGGAUUUAUUUAUUGAUGCAGAUUUGAUGAGUCCUCUAGAUCGAAUUGCAAAUGUCACAAUCCUAAAGCAACAUGAAGUCGACAAACUAUACAAAGUUGAGCUUAAACCAAUCGUCAGCAGUUCAGACCAGCUGUGCUUCCUCAUACGUCCUAGAAUACAAACUGUGAAGUGGAUUUCAGAUUUAGUUAAUUCAGACAAGGUAGCUGGACGAUUCAGAAGAUAUAAGAUCAUAUUUACCCCACAAAAGUUUUAUGCGUGUGAAACAGUUUUGGAGGAACAGGGUGUCUAUGGAGAUGUUACAACCGAUGAAUGGAAUUUCUACAUUCUUCCUCUGGAUGACGAUAUCCUCAGCUUAGAGCUGCCAGAGUUCUUCAGAGAUAACUUUCUGGAGGGAGACCAGCGCUGGGUGACCACUGGAGGGGGUGCUUUACAUCUUUUACAGUCUGUCUAUGGUUCCUUCUCAAAGGUUUAUGGGAUUGGAAGAUGUGCCAAGAUGGUGUAUGAAUCCUGGAGGGAACUAAUGGAGGAGGGUGAACAAAGAACAAGACAACCUGAAUUUGCCAAAGUAUUUCUUAUCGACAGAGAUGUGGAUUUUGUUACUCCUCUCUGCUCUCAAGUGGUUUACGAGGGAUUGGUGGAUGACAUUUUCAGAAUAAAAUGUAGCAGUGUGGAGUUUGGCCCUGAUGUCACUUCCUCUGACAAGAGUAUCAAAGUGAUGCUUAACUCUCAAGAUAAAGUGUUCAAUGAAAUAAGGAAUGAACAUUUUUCCAAUGUGUUUGGCUUUUUAAGUCAGAAGGCUAAGAAUCUUCAGACAGCAUAUGAUAAACGGCGUGGGAUGGACAUCCAGCAGAUGAAGGCGUUUGUUGCAGAUGAGCUGAAAGGACUCAAACAGGAACAUCGUCUUCUUAGUCUUCAUAUUGGUGCAAGCGAAUCCAUAAUGAAGAAGAAAACGAAGCAAGAUUUCCAGGAAUUGUUGAAAACUGAACAUUCAUUACUUGAAGGCUUUGAGAUCCGGGAAUGUAUUGCUUACAUUGAAGAACAUAUCAACAGACAGGUGUCGAUGAUUGAUAGCCUUAGACUCCUUUGUCUGUUGUCUAUCACAGAAAAUGGCCUUCUGUCCAAAGACUAUCGAUCUCUUAAAGCUCAGUACCUUCAGAGUUAUGGUAUAGAGCACCUGCUGACGUUUGCAAACCUGAGGCAGCUGGGACUGUUGGAAGAACAGCAAACUGGAGAAACACUGACAGUCAUGGAGAGUAAAGUAGGGAAACUUGUCAAUGACAAGACUGCAGGGAAGCUGACGGAUGCCUUCUCCUCACUGGCUAAGAAGAGCAAUUUCCGAGCUCUGAGUAAAAGACUGGCUCUGGUGCCAAAGUCUGGUGAGGAAUAUGACCUUCGCGUUCCACGAGACAUGGCUUAUAUUUUCAGUGGUGCUUACAUUCCCCUGAGCUGCAAACUGAUUGAACAGGUGCUGGAGAGAGAUGGGUGGACAGGUCUGGAGGAGGUCACACGCAUGCUGAAUGGACAGGACUUUGCUGUAACAGGUGGCAGCAGUAGUUCAGAAGCCAGGAACAAAAGUAAUGGUCAAAGGAUCGUCCUAGUGAUGUUCCUUGGUGGCUGCACUUACUCUGAGAUCUCCGCACUCCGAUUCCUCGGCAAGGAAAGAGGUUGCAGAUUCAUAGUGCUCACAACAGCCAUCACCAACAGUGGACGGCUUCUGGAAGCUUUACUGGAUAAACAUGUUUGAGUCAACAUUCCGCAGGAGGACGCUUUAUGACCAAUUUCAGGACUGAGCACGAAGGACAGAAUACAUCCUGAUUGUCUUUGACAUCAGAAUCACCUCUAAACACAAACUAUUUUCACAGGGGAUGAAAAUACCAUUAAAAAUCUGCUAUAUCGUUUAUCCCCUCAUGUCAUUCCAGACUUGUUUUAAGGGAUAGUUCACCCAUAAAUAAGAGUUCUGUCAUUGUUUACUCACCCUUGUUUUGUUAAAAAACUGUUUUUUUUUUGUUCUGUUGAGGGAAAAAAUACUGUGGAAGUCAGGGGUUUUCAACAUUCUUCAAAAUAUCUUCUUUUGUGUUUAACAGAAUAAAAUAUUCAAGCUAGUAUUGAACAAGUCAAUUGUGACUAAAUUUAAAUUGAACCAUCCUAUUAACUGUGUUUCUUCCAUGGAACAUACAAUCUGACAUUUUGUAGAAUGUUUGUCUUGAUAGAAACUUUAUGGAACAAAACACAGAGCCAGCUCUUAAUAUAUAUUUUUGAGGUUGAGUAAAUAAUGACAGGAUUGGCAUUUAUGGGUGAACAUCUAUCCCUUUAAUCGUCCACACAGGUGUCAUCUGAAUUUAUGAACAGAAAAGUGUCAAAUGUGAUACAGUUCUGCACUUUAUAAAAAUGUUUGUACUCUGUUCAUAGUGUGCAGAUUCAAGACUGAACAUUAAAGUUACUGCUGUCCGCUGUGACAUUUA